AAGAUGCUCUCUUUGAUCUUUUUCCUUUUGGUCCUGAAUCUUGCCCUCAUUUUCUGCAGUUUGACUGACCCCAAGUGCUUCAUGAGAAUAAAAAAGAACAACAAAGAACAAGAUAUAGAGGAACAUUGUUUCUUUUCUAUUUAUACAGAGGAUGGGUAUGUAAAGAAUAAUGAUUUCACUGAGAAUCUAAACAAGAAGUUGACACCUGACAACAUCAACUUGAUUUUCUCUCUUUAUUUUGCCAUGGAAGAAAUCAAUAGGAAUCCUCAUAUUUUACCCAACAUUUCUCUGCUAGCUACCAUCAAAUGUAAUGUGUCUUAUGGUCACAUUAAAUCUAUUUUCUCUUCAAGAAGAAGAGAAUACUUUCCUAACUACUACUGCUCAAAAGAGAGAAGAUAUUUAAUUACACUUACAGGACCACGGUGGCGAGCAUCUGCCAUUUUUGGGUUCCUCCUCUACCUUUCUAGAACUCCAGAGCUUUAUUAUGGGUAUUUUCACCCUCAACUGAGUGUCCAUGAACAAUUUCCUCAUCUCUCCCAGAUAUCGCCCAAGGACACAUCUCUAGCACUGGCCAUUGUGUCCCUAGUGGUUUACUUCAGAUGGAACUGGGUGGGAAUGAUCAUCUCAGAUGAAGAUCUUGGAAAUCAUUUUCUUUCUGAAUGGAGAGGAAUGAUGAAAAGAAACAUUGUCUGUUUAGCAUUUGUGGCUAUUAUCCCACUGAAUAGAGAGUUAUACUGGAAAAUGUAUAUGAAGAAUUAUAACAAGGUCAUGACAUCGUCAGCAAAAGUAGUGAUUGUCUAUGGAGACAGAGAUACUAAUAUGGCAUUCAACUUUUGGAUGUGGAAACCUCUAAAGAUUCAGAGAAUCUGGGUCAGUGUGUCACAAUUUGAUAUGUUCAUAGAAGGAGAUUUCAUGCUUAACUCCCCCGAUGGGAUUCUCAUUUUUUCCCAUCAGCAUUCUGAGAUGUCUGGUUUUAAACAAUUUCUGCAGACAAUGCGUCCUUUAAACUACAGUGAUGAAGUUUCUCUUGUAAAACUAUGGUGGUCUUAUUUUAAAUGUUCUUUACCAUCAUCUAAUUGUGACAAACUGAAGAAUUGUCCAACAAGAACCCUAUUGAAAUGGUUAUUUAGGACACCGUUCGGAAUGUCCAUGAGUGAUGUAGCUUAUAACUUAUAUAAUGCAGUGUAUGCUGUGGCCCACACACUCCAUGAGAUGCAUCUACAAGUAGACACAUGGCCAAAGAAUGCUGGUAAGAAGCUGGAACUUGACUCCUGGAAGAUAUUCUCUUUUCUGAAGAACAUACAAUUUGAAAAUCCUGCUGGAGACUUUGUGGCCAUGAACCAGAAAGUAAAACUGAAUACAGAAUAUGACAUUUUCUACAUCAUGGAUUUUCCACCAAAUUUUGGACUUAAGAUGAAAAUAGGAAAGUUUUCCAGUCAUUUUCCAAAUUAUCAACAGUUAUAUAUGUCUGAUGAAAUGAUAGAGUGGGCUACAGGUUUUAGACAGACUCCACCCUCGGUAUGCAGCCCACCUUGCCGUCCAGGACUAAGAAAAUUCCCUCAAGAGGGAAGGGCUAUCUGCUGUUUUGAUUGCAACCCGUGUCCUGAAAAUGAAAUUUCAAACAUGACAAACAUGGAUGAAUGUGUGAAGUGUCCACAUGACCAGUAUGCCAACAAAGAUCAAACUCACUGCCUCCAAAGAGUUGUGAGCUUUCUGGCUUAUGAAGAUCCCUUGGGAAUGUCUCUGACCUGCUUGGCUCUAUGCUUCUCAGCUCUUACAGCUUUUGUACUGUAUGUCUUCUUGAAGCACCGGGACACUCCCAUUGUCAAGGCAAAUAACAGAGCUCUCAGCUAUGUCCUACUCGUCUCCCUCAUCUGUUGCUUUCUCUGUCCCUUGCUCUACAUUGGCCAUCCAGACACACCCAGCUGUAUAAUGCAGCAGACCACAUUCGCAAUUGUGUUCACUGUGGCCACCUCUUCUGUCUUGGCAAAGACAAUUACUGUAGUAUUGGCGUUCAAGGUCACUGCUCCAGAAAGAAGGAUGAGGUCACUGCUCAUAUCAGGGGCACCUAAUUUCAUCAUCCCCAUAUGCACCGUGAUUCAAAUGAUUCUCUGUGGAACCUGGUUAGGAACUUCCCCUCCAUUUGUUAACACUGAUGUACAUAUGGAACACGGCCACAUCAUUAUUGUUUGCAACAAAGGUUCGGUAAUCUUCUUCUACUUUGUCCUGGGAUACCUGGGGUCUCUCGCACUAGCGACUUUCAUUGUAGCUUUCCUGGCUAGGAAUCUGCCGGACACAUUCAAUGAAGCAAAGUUCCUGUCGUUCAGCAUGCUGGUGUUCUGUAGUGUCUGGAUCACCUUCCUGGCUGUCUACCACAGCACCAAAGGCAAGGCUCUGGUGGCUGUGGAGGUCUUCUGCAUCUUGGCCUCAAGUGCAGGGCUAUUUCUUUGCAUUUUUGCCCCCAAAUGCUACAUUAUUUUGUUAAGACCACAGAUAAAUUCUUUUCGCAAGUUCAGAGUCACAAAUGAUAAAGCUGAAAAUGUUCAUUAA